AAGACUAUCCAUACAAACAAAUGCAACAGAGCUUCGACCAUAAUUUAUCCAUUGUACUGACCUGAGCUGAGAAGGAGAUUGUUGCAAUUAUAAUCAGUUACAGAAAUGAGACAUUAGAUGCUAUGGCCUCCCUAGUAGAUGAAGAGAAAAUCUUACUCGACAGCCAAGAGCUGUCUCCAACACCAGUCAGCUUUUUCAAAAGUGGUCGGGUCAGGGUCAUUCUCUGUAUCCUUUUCUGUGAGCUUUGUGAACGCUUGACCUAUUACAGCAUUAUUGGUAACCUGAUUAUAUUCUGUACCAAUGAGCUGGGGUACUCCAGUGCCACAGCAGCAGUCAUAGUGGCAGCCUUUUCUGGGACAUCUUAUUUUGUGCCUAUAUUUGGAGGCUGGAUUGCCGACUCAUUCGCAGGGAAAUACAACACAAUCUAUGGCAGCCUACUUAUCUAUUUUGUUGGUGCCGUAACUCUACCUCUCAUCUCUAUCCACUAUGAGGACCUGGGUGAGGGUGACGCGGGCCUCACUGUGUCUCAGAAGCAGGGCUUCUUCAUGUUUGGUCUGAUGCUCAUCGCCAUAGGAACGGGAGGUAUCAAGUCCAACGUGGGUCCGUUCGGGGCGCAGCAGAUGGAGGACCUUGGCCCUGGAGCAGUGCAGACAUUUUUCAAUUGGUUUUACUGGUUCAUCAACGUUGGUUCAGGAAUCGCCUACUCUGCAGUCGUCUAUGUUCAACAGGAGGUUGGUUUUGAUGUUGGUUUUACCAUCCCAGCCGUCUCUAUCCUCCUAUCGUUGAUCAUCCUUGCUCUCAGUCGCAGCAAGUACUUGAUGAAGCCGCCUGAAGGUAGCGUGCUGACAAAAGUGGUCAAAAUAACAUACGAUGGAGCAAGGAAAUGCACGCACCCUGACCCAGGUGAAGAAGACCUAGAUAGCUGCCUGGAUAGGACCAAGGUCUCAAAAGGGGGGCAAUACCAGGAUCAGGAGGUGGAUGACGUGAAGUCUCUGGGGCGUGUCAUACCGGUCUUUAUACCCAUCAUCAUCUACUGGACCAUUUAUAUCCAGAUGUCUUCCACCUAUGUGCUGCAAGGGAUGAGGAUGAGACUGGAUUAUGGAGGAUUCACUAUACCUGUUGCUGCCCUCAACCUCUUCAAUGUGAUCAUCAUCCUCAUUCUUAUACCCAUUAUGGACCAAUUUGUCUACCCCUGCUUUGAAAGGCACGGCCUGAGGUUGUCAAUGCUGAAGAGAAUAGGAAUCGGGAUGGUCUUUGCUUCAGGCUCCAUGGUUGUUGCAGCUAUAGUAGAGAUAUGCAGGAAGAACGUCAUGAGAGAUGGGGGCUAUAUACUCCAAACAAUCGCAGGAGACACCUACAACUCAUCAGAUGUCAGCGUCUUUGCCCAGAUUCCACAGUAUACAUUAAUCGGUGCAAGUGAAGUGUUCACGAGCAUUACAGGUCUUGAGUUUGCAUACUCACAGUCACCUGACUCCAUGCAGGGUGUGGUCAUGGGGCUGUUCCUGAUGACUACUGGUCUAGGAAGCUACCUAGGCUCAUUACUUGUUGUUAUCGUCAAUGCUGCAUCGUCAGACACCUGGCUUCCCGAUGAAAUCAACAAUGGAUACUUGGAAUAUUUCUACUUCCUCCUUGCUGGCAUGAUGCUGCUUGACUUCGCAGUCUUCCUGGUCAUCGCACGCCAUUACAAGUAUGUAAAGGUCACAGGUCGACCUGCGAGUGUUGACGAGGCAUCGGACAGCAUGCCUCCUCUGGAGGUGGAUUAUUCUUAUCACUCAGAGACGGAGGCGCUGCUCCCGAAAUCAGUGCAACGUGAAAAGAGUAAAGUAGAGAACGAUUAUUCUUUUUCAUAGAGGUGUAUUUUUAAUGUACAAUGAGCCUGAAUAUGUUGUUUUAUUAUCCAAAUGGGAAUUAUUUUGAAGCACUGUAACAUGAAUAUUUCAUUCUUGAAUCUUUAAAAUCAAAUCACGAGAUAUUUGUUCUCUCUCGUGAUGGAAAUGAUGACUUUUUAGAAUAUUUACUUUGAAUCUUUCAAAUGGUAUCAGGGAAUAAUAAUACUUGUAUGUAGUUACUUUUUACUGUAUCUAAAGGCAUAAAUAUACGAGCAAUAGAAAUUUGAUUGAUUGAUUGAUGAUAAUCAUAUACACUAAGAAAAAUGGAAUGUAUUAAAGUAAUGAUUGAUCAAACUCAAAUUGGCAACUCUUUGAUUAGCCUUGAAAACAACUCUCCAUAUGAUUUAUACUGAGCAUUAUGAACAAUGUGUUGUGUAGCUGGAAGAAGUGCAUUUUACCAUUCUCUCAUGCCUUCCUUCUAAUGUUCUGUACAUGCUAUACCAGGUUUUAAGCAUGACAAUGUUUUCUCUCUUUUUUAACUGGACAUGGAUUACUUAUCUACUUAAUUUUAGUAGUUUCAUAACAACAACAAAACAUAUUUUUCAAGUGUCAGGCAUCUAAAUGCUACCGACCUUCUGCUAAACAGUGUCUGUCCUUGUUUAAAGGAACAGCUUAAGGUGUUUCCACCAUUUUACCAACCAACAAGGAAUUUCCCUCUUGGUUGGUUAGUAAAACAACAUAAGUUACUUCCAUCAUGCUGCUAACCAAACAAGGAAUGUCCCUCUUGGUUGUUUAGUAGAACAGCAUAAGGUACUUCCACCAUUCUGCCAACCAAACAAAGAAUGUCCCUCUUGGAUGGUUAGUAGAACAGCAUAAGGUGCUUCCACCAUUCUGUCAACCAAACAAGGAAUGUCCCUCUUGGAUGGUUAGUAGAACAGCAUAAGGUGCUUCCACCAUUCUGUCAACCAAACAAGGAAUGUCUGUAUUGGUUGGUUAGUAGAACAGCAUAAGGUACUUCCACCAUUCUGCCAACCAAACAAGGAAUAUCUGUAUUGGUUGUUUAGUAGAACGGCAUAAGGUACUUCCACCAUUCUGCCAACCAAAUAAGAAAUGUUCCUCUUGGUUGUUUAGUGGAACAGCAUAAGGUACUUCCACCAUUCUGCCAACCAAACAAGGAAUGUCCCUCUUGGUUGUUUAGUAGAACAGCAUAAGGUGCUUCCACCAUUCUGCAAACCAAACAGGGAAUGUCCCUCUUGCAACUUAAAUACAGAAUUGCUAAUAUGUGUUUAGUAAAAUGCAAGUUUGAAACUUCAUUAUUUUUCCCUCCAUAAAUUUUAGUGAUCAGUUCAUCACAUUUUAUGUUAUUAUGAAAAUGAACUUGAUACCAAGAUAUUUAUACUCAUCUUGAUGCACAUAAGAAUACCCUUGCCAACUGGUUAAAAUUCAAAGUAGUGUGUGACAUGAGAUAAAGUAGGUAAUGACAUUAGGCAACUCGUGUACAUUUCAUACACUGCACUAAAAAGGAAAUCAACAUUUUAUCUUGUCAAAUAAAAUAUUCCGAUACAAGUAGGUUAAGCUUUAUAAGAAUAAGAGUCUCGAAGAGAAAAUUGUAUUAAAUGUAGAUCUGAUGCACUUCACAAAAGAGCAAUAAAAUUGAAUCAUGUUGCCUUCCAUUGCCGUGAUCGCAGCUGAAAGAAAUGUUUUUACAAUGACACGAAGGAAUGAACAUUUCGAUGAGUAUAAGCAUAAAUAUAUACUUAAUUGAUGAGAUAUGGCAUGAUUGUGCCUUUGCCUUCGACUGUAAUAGGAUUUAUAUUUUAUUAUUACGCACAGUCAUAUACAGUACUCUUUUUGUUACGUCUGGAAUUGAAAAAAAUACAGGUAAUUUUGUUACAAGUUUAUAUUUUAAAAAAUAAGAUUUGCCUUUUUAUCAUAUAUCUGAUGCUGAAAAUGUAGUGAUAUUAGAUAUACAUGCAUAUGUUUUUAUAUAUAAUUUUAUUUUAUUACUUUGAAAAAAAAUAUGUGAUUGUAUGUACAUGUACCAGUAUAUAUAACUUUAUGCACAGUGGCUGACCUCUUUGUGCCUCCUGACUUCCCUCUUUGUGCCUCCUGACUUCCCGUUUUCCAUUCAAUGGGCAGCACAUUCUACCCACGAAAAUCAAUGAUUUACUGUGUGUUUGGACCAAGGAUGGUUAAAUUUCUUUUCUUGCCUAAAAACAAGUACAUAUGUUAGUUGUGAAGGAAGAUGUUUUUAGGCCUACACAGGAUUUUAUUAUGAAGGAAACAUUUAGUUACUAUUACAGGAUUAAAACAAAAAUUCAAGGAAGAAGAAGAAUGGCAGAACCAUCCCUGACUCUUAGCUUAUAGAUGCAGUGCAUGUAUCCUAUAAUAGAUCUACCCUAAAUUGGUAUGUACUCUGACAGAGAAAUUAAGAAUUAUAG